CUUUGCCGCAAAUCAGCUAAAUAAUUAGAAGGAAGCCAACAUAUCAACCAAAUUGCUUUGAAUUUCAUUUGCAUGUUUUAAUUUUCCACAUACUUUUUCGAAUUUCCAUCUGAUUUUCAUCUAGAAAAGAAAAUCAAGCUCCACUCGGAGUAUCUGUGCCAGUUUCGAUUUUGAUAUCGUGGUGACAAGACAUGGUGUGUUUGGUCGACCAACCGCGAUAAGUAGGGAGUAUGUGGGUGACUUCGAAGACGGUCGUUAAUUGCUCAACGCGCGCCAAAGACAGAAUUAUUUGAAAAUUUAACUGCUUUCCAGCGAAGUGAUAAUAGUUGGUCAUUUAAUUGAAGUGAUUAUAAGUGCGUUAAUUUUGAAAGUUUUAUGCGAAGAAAUAUUCAAUUAUCAUUAUUGUGAAUGACGAGUGGCAACUGUGCGACACAACUGAGUGUACGUCCAAAAAUAAGUUCUGAAUCAAGGAUCUACUCAUCGAGAUAGGUUCCGCCUCUCAUAAAUCAUUGUCUUCAGAGUUUUGAGUUUUAAUUCAAGCGGAGAGAAGCAAAGAAAGCAUCUUUCAAUUGCUGAUGAUAAAGUGACGAUUUCUGCUCAAGAGCGCGGUAAACUUGAUUGGAGUCAUCAUGCAUUCCGCCUACAUAUGGUGGGCUGCUCUUUAUAUGGUCUUAUGCUCAGUUCUAUUUUCUGAAUGUUUUGCGGCGAGACUCACCGGAAUUGAACGUGAAUCGUGUAGCUACAGGAAAGGCAAAGUGCUUCAACCUGUCAGCGUAAACAGGCUCCGAUUGCAAGAGUUACGCGAACAAAUGCUAAUUCGGGCCACAAUUGAAGGACCCGAAAUAGAUGCUUACAUCAUUCCAUCCUAUGACGAACAUCAAAAUGAAGAAGUUGCUGAAAGGGAUCAACGUUUACAAUAUUUGACAGGAUUCACAGGAUCCAACGGUAUGGCUGCUGUCACCGCAAAACACGCUGCAUUAUGGGUCAACGAUCGCUACAUUCGCCAAGCAAGUGGCGAACUCAAUUGUGAAUGGGAUUUAUUCCAUAGCGCUGGAAAUGUAUCUAUCUUAGAUUGGCUAGGAUCAAUGCUUAAACCAGAAAUGAGAGUUGGAGCUGAUCCCCAUUUGAUACCAUUCGCUGUAUGGAGGCAAUGGGAGAAGGAGCUUUAUUUUAAACACUUUCUGUAUUUAGUGAAAGUGAAUAAUAACCUCAUUGAUGUCAUAUGGGGCGCUAGCAGACCGCCUGUAGAAGAUAAUCGAAUUCGAGUCCAUGAAACCAGAUACUCAGGUGAAAAGUGGAAAUCGAAAAUCACAGCUCUCCGUUCAACGCUACGUAAUAUGAACUGUGAUGCCAUGGUUGUGACUUCUCUACCAGAGAUCGCCUACAUAUUAAACCUGCGUGGAAGCGACAUUCCCUACACCCCCGUCUUCAAGGGUUAUCUAGUAGUGGCACAUGACCGGAUUAUAUUAUAUACACAUGAAAAUAAAAUGCGACUGGACGUGGAAAUACAUCUUGAAUCUGGAUUUUGUUACAAUGAUAUGUGUGUUUCAGUCAAAGAUUAUCAUGUGAUCUGGAGAGACAUCCGUACAUUCUCUCAGCUCUGGAAGAGAGUUCUUAUUCCAGCUCAUUGUAUUUUCGAUUUGGGUGCUUCAGAGGCUAUUCAUUCAGCAUUUAACAGGACUAUCGUUUAUGAAGCCAUCUCACCGAUAAUAUUUAUGAAAGCCCAAAAGAAUUCAGUGGAACGUGCUGGGAUGCACACUGCUCACAUAAGGGAUGCAGCGGCAAUGUGUGAUGUUAUGAGCUAUCUUGAAGAAAGGUUUGCUCUAGGAGAUGCCUGGACGGAAAUGAAAAUCAAACGGGAAGUAGAUCGUUCGCGAAAAUCACAGGAUCACUCGGAGGGUUUGUCCUUCAGUACCGUCGUCGCUUUUGGUCCUCACAGUUCGCUUCCAUAUUAUGCCCCAAGCAAUAUAACAGAUAUUGAGGUAACAGAUGAAAGUACCCUGGUUAUUGACUCUGGCGGCCAGUAUUUAGAUGGAACAACUGAUGUAGCGAGGACAUUCCAUUUUGGGGAACCAACUGAAGAAAUGAAAAAGGCCUACACGAACGUUCUUGCUGGAAUUAUCCGUUUAUCAACUCUCAAAUUCCCAGAAAACAUAUGGCCAUCAGAAUUGGAUGCUUUUUCAAGAAGUAGUGUCUGGGAUUCAAUGAGUGAUUACCCUCACGCGACUGGGCACGGAAUUGGGUCAUAUUCGUCAGUACGUGAAUCCCCCAUUGAUAUUUCAUACACAGCUAAGCAGAGGUUCAAUUUUAAGGAAGGCUACUUCUUCUCAAACGAGCCUGGUUUCUACAAAAAUGGAGAUUUUGGAAUACGCCUUGAGAACGUCUUAGAGGUUGUGGACACUGGACAUACGCAUCCAUCUGGAGUUAGGUUUCUCAAAUUUCAAGGAGUAACCCUAGUGCCUUACGAACCGAAAUUAAUUGACAAGACAUUGUUAAGCGUCCCACAGAAACGAUGGUUAAACGAAUACAAUGCUAAAAUACGCGAACUUGUUGGAGAGGAGCUAAAACGACAGAGUAAUAUGCCAGCGUUUUACUGGAUGAUGAACAAAACACGACAUAUUCGGGAAUACCUACCAAGGGAAGAAUAUAAUGGAGAAAACGAUAAAAAUAUUGCAGACUAUUUGAAAUCGUACAAGUUGAUAGUGUUCAUAGUAUUAGUAUGUAGUCAAGCAUUCUACCUAAUGUGAAUAAUAUGACAAGAGGCCUUAAUAAGUGAUAUUUUAACGAAUAAUUAGAAAAAAAUAUGAUUUGAAAAAGAAUAUCAAAUCACAGGCAUAUAUAUUUUUAACUAAACGUAACUAAUAAUUGAUGUGAACACAUUUAAAACUAAAAACAAUGAAUGAGUAACCUUUAAAGACCUAUUCUGUAGUGCGAACGAUACCCACAAUUGAUUUAUAAAUCGAAAAUUAAAAAUAAUUAUCGAAGUUUGCCGAACCCCGCUUUUGAGAAUUCCUCAGUUUCGCAGUAUUUAUUUCGACCUACUUUUAGCAAUUAAAUUACUUUUCAAGAAUUAUUUCCUUUGCUGUAAUUUUAGAAAAAAAAAAUAUCCCUUUUCAUCAUUUCUUAAAUGUACUAUAUUUCUUAGUAUUAAUGUGUAACUUUAUCUAAUUUACUAAAGAAAAUAAAAAAUAUGGAACAAUACUUCGAUCGUUAAUUAACAUCA